GCGGCAGAGCUGAGUAAGGAUAAGAACAAAUACUGGGUGCUGAGUUGUGUUUCACUCAAUGUCCAGAAAAGAUUCAAAGCACGUGUAGUACCCCACGUAUAUCUCCUAUCAAGUACUGUCGACUACUGAUAUAGAAACAGAUCCCAAAGAAAUGAGAAAUAUAGCAAGGGAUUAGAGUCUGAAAGCAACAGAAAUUCUAACAACAAAAAAGUUGUAUUGUUUUGUAUGCAGCGAGAAUGGAUCACAUGAACUCAGCUGAAGCAGGCGUGAUUGUACACAAAGCUUAUGCUCGUGUUGGGUUACUUGGGAACCCAAGUGAUGUUUACUUUGGAAAAACCAUCUCUUUUAGCCUUGGAAACUUCUGGGCUUCUGUUAAAUUGGAGCCUUCUCAUCAUCUUGUUAUCAAGCCUCACCCCACUUAUGAUCUAGUCGAGUCCAACUCCCUCGAUCACCUUGUAAGUAGAUUGCGGAGUGAAGGUUAUUAUGGAGGCGUACGGCUGCUUAUGGCAAUUUGUAAAGUCUUCUAUAAGCAUUGUAAGGAGAAUGAGAUCAAUCUUCAACAGGGAAACUUCACCCUAUCGUAUGAUACUAAUAUCCCUCGCCAGACAGGACUUUCAGGAUCCAGUGCUAUUGUAUGUGCUGCCCUAAGCUGCCUUCUUGAUUUUUACAAGGUCAGGCAUUUGAUUAAAGUAGAAAUCAGACCCAAUCUUAUCCUUAAUGCAGAGAAAGAACUUGGAAUUGUUGCUGGCCUUCAAGAUAGAGUGGCACAGGUCUAUGGAGGCCUUGUCCACAUGGAUUUUAGCAAGGAAAACAUGGAUAAGUUGGGACAUGGCAUCUACACACCCAUGGAUAUUAGUCUUCUACCACCUCUCCAUCUCAUUUAUGCUGAGAAUCCUAGUGAUUCUGGGAAGGUACAUAGCACUGUGCGACAGAGGUGGCUUAAUGGUGAUGAGUUUAUUAUAUCAUCAAUGGCUGAAGUUGCAAAUAUAGCAGCAGAAGGGCAACGUGUAAUACUUGAGAAGAAUUAUCAAAAGCUUGCAGAACUCAUGAAUUGUAAUUUUGACCUCCGAAGGAGCAUGUUUGGAGAUGAGUGCCUAGGCGAUUUGAACAUAGAAAUGGUGGAGGUGGCUCGCAGAGUUGGUGCUACUUCGAAAUUUACAGGCAGUGGAGGAGCUGUGGUUGCAUUCUGCCCUGAUGGGCCUUCACAAGUGAAACUUCUUGAAGAUGCAUGUCAGAAAGCUGGAUUUAUUAUCCAACCAAUUCAACUUGUUCCUUCAUUUCUAAAUUAAGUUGAUCUCCAGACCCUGUCAGAGUCAAACUAGAAGAAUUUUAUACCGCUUCUGGAGUUUUUUUUUAUCAUUAUAUAUAUAUAUAUAUAUAUAUAUAUAUAUCUAUAACCAUUCAGCAUCUGAGCCUUUGAGGCCCCGGAUAUUAGAAAUGAAAUAAAGAGCAUUUUAGGUAUUGUUUGGGAUUUAUUGAGCUAUUAUUGAACUAACAAUCAGUGGCUGUUCAAAGAAGAAAUAAAACUAUGAUGGAUGAUGGGUUU